AUGGAAGUAAAAGCAAGAAGAAAUUGUGGGUUUCCUGGGAUCUCUCCUGAGGCCUGUGCGAAGAAAAGGUGCUGCUUUGAUGACCAUGUUCCAGAAGUCCCCUGGUGUUUCUAUCCAAUUCCCAAAGAAGGUAUCAACGAGAGUGAGGCUUGGGUGAGAGGGUGGCAAGUGACAAUGGAAUUCAAAGGCUUCUGGUUCUUGGCCAUUGUCCUAAUUUCAGGACUCUCGCGCACUUCUACUGAAUACGUCGGACUCUCCCCUAACCAGUGCGCCGUCCCACCAAAUAUGAGAGUGGACUGUGCCUAUCCUGGGGUCUCCCCACAGCAGUGCAACAACAGAGGAUGCUGCUUUGAUUCCAGCGUGCCCGAGGUCCCCUGGUGCUACUCUCCGCUCCAGGAAGAAGAAUGCAUAUUUUAA